AUAAACAAUGUUGUAUUUUAUUAAUCUUAACUUCUUAUUCAUUCAUUCAAACAUUUUUUAUUGAAAGUCCAUUUUUGGUCAUGUAUGAAUUGAGUAAGGGGGUUACAAUGGUAAGCAGAAGAGAUUUGGUUCCUGCCCUUAUGGAGCUUUCAGUCUAGUGAGGAAGAUGGAGGUGAGUCAGCUGACCAUACCAAUAGCCUAGAGAGAUGCUCUGUCCUCCAGUAUUGUUGCGACUGGUAGCUGGAUUGUUCAUUCUUUUAAAAAUCAUGAAUGCAUAGAAUCUUAAAUAAAUGGUAUUUACAUUAAACAUUUCAUUAUUUUUAACUUGUGUUGCUUUAUUAAUUUAUCAGUGUUUUAUUGUUCAUCGAUACUUACCAAUUUGGCAAGUAAUUGGUGUAGAACUCAGACUUAAGUAUGGGUCUCCUGAGUAAUGACUCUUAUUAUCUUCUUGGCUAAGCCACACCCUUAAUAUAUAUUGAACAGUUCUUAGUUUUGAUUUAUUAAAAAUGGCAGGAGAGCCUAAAGGCAUUUAGCAAACAAUCUAAGUGCAGAAUUUGCUAGUUUUAAAAAGUUUUCAUCCCAAUGUUAUGAAGUUGACACCUAAUAUGGUGGUUUUUAUAAACAGUUUGCCUUUAUUCUUUCCAAAGCAUGCAAUUUGGUGUCAAUAAAACAUUCAUUUUGGCCCUUAUAUUUCCCUAAUUUUGUCAUAUUUAAUUAAUGUAUAUGAUUAUAGUAACAAAUGACAUAAACAGACUUGGGGUGAAACAGACAAAGUGGUGAGAGCAGGAUUGUGUGGGUUAGUAGAGGAGCCUUUUUGCUAUUAGGGUGCCACGUAGGCCUAUUGUAUACUUUGCAGAAGAAAUGGAGCACUUUAGUUUCUCUGGCAACUUGGGGAAUGUAGGUUGGCUAAGAACGUUGUACUAUAAAUAUGUAUAGUGAUAAGUGCUAUCGAGUGUAUUAUGGAAGAAAAGUACAGGCAGCUAUAAGGAGAUAUAGAGUAGCUGGAUUUAUUUUGGAAGUCCCAGAAGGCUUUCAUGAGGAUGAGCCAUUUGGGGUAUGGUAUGAAAAGCAUUAAAGGUCAACUAGGUGGAGAAGUUGUGGGUGAGUAGGGAUUGGGGAACAGCACAUACAAAUCUCUGCAAUGGGCUAAAGCUUGGCUGUUAACGGACGAGGAGAGCGGUGUGGGCAGGGCACAGAAAAGAAGGACCAAGGCUGUGAAGGAUGAGGUUGGAGGAUGCAGCAGUCAUAUCAUGUAGAGUCUUGUUGGUACUCUUAAGCCUUUGGGUUUUUAAUCAUAAAAGCAUUGGAGAGUAAUGAAAAUAUUCAGAAUUGCGAUUUAAAAAGAUUACUCUGGCUGUCGUUUGGAAAAAGGAAUAAACGGACAUCAGGUAGUGAUCAGAGUAGCCUAAAUAAGAAAUGUCCUUAUUCUGCAAACUACCCAUUGUACUGUUCUUCGUGGCCUGCUAUGUGACUAAAUGGGUCUUUGAAAUACUAGAGGGAAAGCAGAGCCUAAAUUUAUCAUAGUUUAAAUCUUUUUAUCACCCAGGAAGACCUGGAACAGACUUUUCCAUACUCUACUCUUUUACCCUUUUCUGCUUUUACAUUUGUAUUUCUGUUCACUGUUUCAGCACAUUAUGUUCUCAAAACAAUAGGGAAAAAAAGAAAAGUCAUUCUUUUAAGCUUGUACCAUGCUAUUGACUUUCUUUGAAAGGAAAACAAGUAUGUUUAUUUUAUCCCUGUGAGGCUAAAAAUUAACCAUGAAACAUCCUUCUUUACUUCUAAACUAUGUGUAACAAAGAAAUGCUUUAUUGCAAUUUCAUCAAUAAUUCAAAUGCGACUUAAAGGAAAGUAGGGCAGCUAAGGAAAAAGCACACUUGUUCCAUAAUUGAGUCGAUUAAAUAGUAUUGAGUCCCAUUGUCAUAGUCAGAUUGAUGAAACAACUUUUAUAACUAUGAAGGUCUACUAAAAAAUAAAGCCUCAGAAUUGUAAUGCAAUGUCAUGGACACUUCUUCAUUUUUUUUUCCAUUGUAAAAUACAAAUAAUGAAAGCAACCUUUUACCAGAGUGUAAUAUUAAAGGAGCAGCUUUUGAAAGGUGCUCUCAUCAGAAUAUUAGUAGUUUUCAAGGCUGUGCAGUAAUAAUCCAAGCUAUUUUGGAACUGUGCAUACAUUAGAGUUCUGGUGCAGCAUGAUACAAUAAUGUGUGAAAAAGUGUAAGAUCACACCUUGUUUAAAUUUGCAGCUUUUGUGCAUAAUCCCACAGUGAGCUCUUGCCAGAUUUUUACUGUUAAUAGGAGAAAAAAGUUUAUAGAAGCCUACAGAUUGGGGCUUGUUGUAAAUAUCUGACAAUGAAAAUAAGGUUUUAAAAAAAUUGCAUGCCAUCUUUUUUGAAAGAUUAAAAUAGUUAUGUUAAGUUUAUAUUAUGUAUACUAUUUUGCAAAUCAACUUAUGGUUGGUUUUACCCAAUGGAAGCUUCAGCAUACACAUACAUAGUCAUCUAAAGGAAAUAUGUAGAUUUGCUCUAUUUAAUAUUUGCAGGGUAUGAUUGAAAAGUACAGAGUUUGAUUUUUGCAAACAACAAUUGCAUCAUAAUUUAUGCAUUCAUAUUAAUGUCGUUUUCAAAAUUGUCACCCAGAGAAGCAAAACCCCUUUUCCAAUGAUGCCAUUGUUCAAAACAUUUUGGAAAAACUUCCUCUCUCAAAAUUGUCUUUUGAAUUAUUUGCAAGCCUGACUAAAACAUCCAUCUCAUUACUCUCUAAUCGCAUUUUAUACCAAGAUUCAUCAUCUUUUUUUUAUUCACCAGAAUUGGCUAUAAAUGUCUCUCUGAAAUGAUGAAAAUGGCUAAAAUUGACUUUCAAAUUAUGAAAUUUGUCACCAUUGAGGAUAUUUAGAAGUGAGUGUGCCUGCCUGUGUGUGCACAGACUUAGAAAACAGUUUCAAAUGAAGAGAAAAAUACUGUGAAUAAUGGCUGAUUUUUAAGUGAGUGGUGUUCUGAGGCAACCGUGAACACGGUAAAAUACAUUUGAACUUAGGUGACAAGGUGUGUUUGUUUAAAAAAGUCACAUUAUCUUUUUAAGUGUACAUUAAUUUUUACAACGUAUACAAAGAAAAUGUGAAUACAUCUUUUGGAAUGCAAGGCCAAAAGCCUUACAUAAUUAGCAGUAUACUUUAUUAUUAAAACAAUUAAAGGAUUAAGCAACUACAGUGCUAAUCCUAUGUUGGCAGAUUCUUCAGAUAAGGUCCUUACAUGGGAACAUCUCUGUAUAAUUUUAUUUAAAUACUGCCAUUGACUGUCUGAUCUGUAAGUUAUGUGUAUUCAUCAGCAUCUUACAUGAUUCAUAUUAAUUUUUAUGUCAUUUGAAGGCCCUAGUAGGUUGGUAGCACUUGGAAUUUUCAUUUCAGUUCACCUCUUCAUAUAAAUAAUUGAUCCAGUUUUCAAAACUAUUAGUAGUUUUUAAAUUGUUUUCUUAGCCAUCAGUAAAGAACCCAUAUGGUUACAUGUGCUUGAAAUGUAAAAUAACUGGAAUGAAUUCCAAAUGUUUUCUUAAGAACUCUGUGGUCAUUCAGUGUUUAUGUGUUGAAUGACUUAUGGGUAAAAUGAAAAUGAAGUAGGACUAUGUUAAUAUAUGUAUCCAGAAGUUCACCAUUUCUUCCCACUUUGAACAUCUUUAUUGUGUUUCUUCUUAAAUAUGUACGAAAUGAAAGAAAUGUUUGCCCGAGAGACUUAGGUGGGAAGUUUUUCUUUUCUGAGUAUUAAGGAGAGGAGACAAUUAGAAAGAUAAUUUUGCUGUGGUCAGUUUCUGUACCAUCUUUGUAAUGUCUGACUUCCAGCUUUAAUGUACAAUAGGAAUCAAAUGUCUGUAUUUUAAGAAUGUCAUUGGUAGCUUUUUGAAAGUUGAUAGAUUUAAGUGUAAACCAGUGUUUGAACAUGAAGCUCUGAAACAUGCUUUUGUAACAUCACCUUUCAAUAUAGGUAACUCAACAGUUGGAGACAAUAAAGACUUCUUGUUUAACAUGGUAUGUGAUUUAUAUACACUAAUCUGUGUUAUAGUAAUUAUUUUAUCCUGGUUUACUCCCUGUGUUAAAAUUUCUUUAUUUUCUGGCUUCAUACUACCCUUUUUUUUUUUCUUAUCAGAAUGCAUGUAUUUGACUUUUCUAAAAAUUUUAAAGCACAGGAUUUAUGUGGCACUUGUUCCAAACUUAUAGGUACUUUGUUCUUUUUAACAUGUUGGUUUAUAUUAAUGAAAUUGGCUAAUUUGUUUUUGUAAAGUUUUGUUUGCUUAAAGGGGGGGAUCAAUUCUGAGGGGCUAAAUCAAACUGAACAUGUACUAUACCUUUAGUUUUUUGGUAAAUUGAUGUUACUUAUUAAUUGCCAUGAAUUGACAACAAAUGCCAUAUUUGAAAUUCUAUUGAGAGAAAAUCUAACAAUGUGAUAUUGUUCAUUUGUGAUAUGGUAAUCUUUCAUUAACAAUUUCUAAAAUCUGUUUCAGAUUAGAAAAUAAAAUCCCAGCAUGCUUUUUCCCCACUGAUAAACAUAGAUUUAGAAAGACUGUAUUUUAAAGAUGUCAUAGUACUGCUAAUCAAAAGAGUUAAGAGUUUUAGUGUGUAGGAGUUAGGCUAGUAAGUAAUGUUUACAUAAUCCUGAUAAACAUUUCCCCAUGACUGAAUUUUGAGUGGAAAACUUGAUUUCUUAAAAGGCUCUAAGUAGAAGAAAAAAUAUUACAGCCUGUCUUCUUAGUGUGUAUAGUGUGUGUGUGUGUGUGUGUGUGUGUGUGUGUGUCUGUGUGUGUUUAGAUCCAGCUUAAUACCAAGUAAUGCCAACAUCUGGCAGAGAGAUGGAGAUCUGGGAAUUUGUUGCUUGAAACCCUGGGACAAAGUGUUCUGAUCUGACUGGCAAACAUAGCUGUGGACUUGAACUGAAAUCUUCAGGGGCAGAAACGUCUUAAGUGUCUGGAAAAUUGGCCUGUUGAGUCACCGUGAAGGCAGUAAAACAAAACUAAUUUUAAGCAUGUCAAAGUUCAGUGAUUCCCUCUGGAAUUCAAACUUUUUUUAAGAGUCUCAUGUGUAAGUGAAAAGGGUCAAAGUUGAUGCACUGUUACAAUGUUUUGAAUGCUUUCCCUUCAGAACAGCCACCCAAGCUGGGAUUAGCAUGAGGAACUGCAAGGCUGGCACUUCAGCGUCUGGGUUAAAAAUAUUUUAAAGCAGUAAAUGCAGUCAGUACAGAGAGAUCCCUGGGAGCCUUUCUAUUCAAAAAUGUGUGAGCUCAGGGCAGCGACUGCAAUGUAAUUUAGGGCAGUGUAUGCUUCACAGCUUUGGAGAAUAUUGCUUCCCGUUAAUGUUCCAUCGGAGGAUGGUAGGAUAGUAGUAAUUUUAGAAGGUGGUAUUCCUGUUUGUCUUACGUCGAAAACUUCAGAAUAAAUAAAAGGAAACAUCAAUCGACCAAGAAAUGUAACUGUGGAAAAGUACCAAUGAAUCUAAAUUUGAACUGAACAGAUACAAAACCAGCAUGGGUGUAGGAAUAUUUUUAAGGAGGAAGCUGUGGCAAAAGCAACUUCCCAGGGAAUGGACUGAACAGGCUUUUUAAACGGUCCAAGGUGUAGAGACACACUUCAGGAGGAUCCUCAGAAGUCUUGGACAAGCCUCCCCAAAUGCGGCAGGUGCUGUGCUGGCCAUUGGUGACCCAAAGAUGAUGAAAAAUAUGUUCCUGCCCACAAGGAGUUAGCGAUCUACUGGGCUUUCAUCUUGCUGAUGACAUGAUUCCUGUUUGAAUCUGUUGACAAGAUUCUGAAAGCUGAAGAGAGAAUUCUGGCACUGCACUGGGUAGGAAAAAGCAUUUCAAGAAAUAGACAACAUCAAGGAUACCAGGAGUGGGAGAGAUUGGACUGGGAGACCCAACAGGAUGUCUUCCAAGCGACCAGCCUCUCCGUAUGGGGAAGCAGAUGGAGAGGUAGCCAUGGUGACAAGCAGACAGAAAGUGGAAGAAGAGGAGAGUGACGGGCUCCCAGCCUUUCACCUUCCCUUGCAUGUGAGUUUUCCCAACAAGCCUCACUCUGAGGAAUUUCAACCAGUUUCUCUGCUGACGCAAGAGACUUGUGGCCAUAGGACUCCCACUUCUCAGCACAAUACAAUGGAAGUUGAUGGCAAUAAAGUUAUGUCUUCAUUUGCCCCACACAACUCAUCUACCUCACCUCAGAAGGCAGAAGAAGGUGGGCGACAGAGUGGCGAGUCCUUGUCUAGUACAGCCCUGGGAACUCCUGAACGGCGCAAAGGCAGUUUAGCUGAUGUUGUUGACACCUUGAAGCAGAGGAAAAUGGAAGAGCUCAUCAAAAACGAGCCGGAAGAAACCCCCAGUAUUGAAAAGCUACUCUCAAAGGACUGGAAAGACAAGCUUCUUGCAAUGGGAUCGGGGAACUUUGGCGAAAUAAAAGGGACUCCCGAGAGCUUAGCUGAGAAAGAAAGGCAACUCAUGGGUAUGAUCAACCAGCUGACCAGUCUGCGAGAGCAGCUCUUGGCUGCCCACGAUGAGCAGAAGAAACUAGCUGCCUCUCAGAUUGAGAAACAGCGUCAGCAAAUGGAGCUUGCCAAGCAGCAGCAAGAACAGAUUGCAAGACAACAGCAGCAGCUUCUGCAGCAACAACACAAAAUCAAUUUGCUCCAGCAACAGAUCCAGCAGGUUCAAGGUCAGCUGCCGCCAUUAAUGAUUCCCGUAUUCCCUCCUGAUCAACGGACACUGGCUGCAGCUGCCCAGCAAGGAUUCCUCCUCCCUCCAGGCUUCAGCUAUAAGGCUGGAUGUAGUGACCCUUACCCUGUUCAGCUGAUCCCAACUACCAUGGCAGCUGCUGCCGCAGCAACACCAGGCUUAGGCCCACUCCAACUGCAGCAGUUAUAUGCUGCCCAGCUAGCUGCAAUGCAGGUAUCUCCAGGAGGGAAGCUGCCAGGCAUACCCCAAGGCAACCUUGGUGCUGCUGUAUCUCCUACCAGCAUUCACACAGACAAGAGCACAAACAGCCCACCACCCAAAAGCAAGGAUGAAGUGGCACAGCCACUGAACCUAUCAGCUAAACCCAAGACCUCUGAUGGCAAAUCACCCACAUCACCCACCUCUCCCCAUAUGCCAGCUCUGAGAAUAAACAGUGGGGCAGGCCCCCUCAAAGCCUCUGUCCCAGCAGCGUUAGCUAGUCCUUCAGCCAGAGUUAGCACAAUAGGUUACUUAAAUGACCACGAUGCUGUCACCAAGGCAAUCCAAGAAGCUCGGCAAAUGAAGGAACAACUUAGACGGGAACAACAGGUGCUUGAUGGGAAGGUGGCUGUUGUCAAUAGUCUGGGUCUCAAUAACUGCCGAACAGAAAAGGAAAAAACAACACUGGAGAGUCUGACUCAGCAACUGGCAGUUAAACAGAAUGAAGAAGGAAAAUUUAGCCAUGCAAUGAUGGAUUUCAAUCUGAGUGGAGAUUCUGAUGGAAGUGCUGGAGUCUCAGAGUCAAGAAUUUAUAGGGAAUCCAGAGGGCGUGGUAGCAAUGAACCCCACAUAAAGCGUCCAAUGAAUGCCUUCAUGGUGUGGGCUAAAGAUGAGCGGAGAAAGAUCCUUCAAGCCUUUCCUGACAUGCACAACUCCAACAUCAGCAAGAUAUUGGGAUCUCGCUGGAAAGCUAUGACAAACCUAGAGAAACAGCCAUAUUAUGAGGAGCAAGCCCGUCUCAGCAAGCAGCACCUGGAGAAGUACCCUGACUAUAAGUACAAGCCCAGGCCAAAGCGCACCUGCCUUGUGGAUGGCAAAAAGCUGCGCAUUGGUGAAUACAAGGCAAUCAUGCGCAACAGGCGGCAGGAGAUGCGGCAGUACUUCAAUGUUGGGCAACAAGCACAGAUCCCCAUUGCCACUGCUGGUGUUGUGUAUCCUGGAGCCAUCGCCAUGGCUGGAAUGCCCUCCCCUCACCUGCCCUCGGAGCACUCAAGCGUGUCUAGCAGCCCAGAGCCUGGGAUGCCUGUUAUCCAGAGCACUUAUGGUGUGAAAGGAGAGGAGCCACAUAUCAAAGAGGAGAUGCAGGCCGAGGACAUCAAUGGAGAAAUUUAUGAUGAGUACGACGAGGAAGAGGAUGAUCCAGAUGUAGAUUAUGGGAGUGACAGUGAAAACCAUAUUGCAGGACAAGCCAACUGAUAAGGGUCAAAAGAUUGUUGUGACCUUAGGACUUAAAGAAGCCCUAACAGGUUCAUCCUUACCAGUGGCCAAGCACAUUAACUUUCUCAUACACUGACUGUUACUUUAACUGUUAGUCUUAAAUAGUUGGGACAUCAGCUGACUAAUAGACCUCAGCCUCAAAAGGCUUGGAAAGAAAAAAAAAUACAACAAGCAGACAACAAUAUCAACAACAAGAGAUUGAAAUAAGCUAUGGGUAAAAUAAUGCCAGUAAUUCAGCUGCUACAUCCAAGCACUGAAGUCUUACCCGUCAACUUUUUUUUUUUUAAUAAACUUUAUGGCUGUUUGUUCUACAAUGUUCUAGAAAUUCUCACUCAGGUACACAGUGCCAACAAGUGGCUUGUGAAUGUGUUUUGUUGUUUUGUGCUACAAUUUUUAAAAAGAAAUAAGUUUUGUUUUGUUUUUGGGGGUUUCUGGGUUUUUUCCUUUUCUUUUUCUUUCAUUUUUUUUCUUUGUAAUGCACCUGACAGGAAAAAAAAAAAGAAAAAUGAAUUUCUCUUUACUUCUCUCCACCUUCUCCAUCUCUAUACUUUAAAGAUGGAAGUCUGUGCAUGAGGGGGAAGAGGGAAAAAGAGCCUGUUUUUAACUUACUUGCUAUCCACCACAAAUUAAGCAAUUAUUUUCUUUAGAGGACUUUCUUUAUCUGUUGCACACCACACUACAUCUUUGAGCAAGUGCCAAAUUUGUACUGAAGUGUUGACCAAGUUCAUUUUUUCCCUUUCCUUUUUCCUGUUCCUUCUUAAGUUAGGACAGUGUUAUAACUUAGACAAUCCCUUAGAAAACCUGAAAUACCAGCAGCUGGUGAGAUUUGACUUUUUUUUUUUUUUAAUGGAAACUGUAGGUGCUGUUCUCAGGUGAAAAGAGAGAGAGACAUAAGAAAUUUAGAGAAAAAUAUUUUCUGAUCUUGGAUUUUUGUGUGUAUGUAUGUGUGUGAUUAUGGUACUAAUAGGAAUAACGUUGGACCAUUGUGAGUUAAACCCACAUCUGGGGAUGAAAUCCCACAUCCUCCCAAGUGACUGGUCUAGAAAUAAUCUUGACCUUGACUUUGCACUUCAAAUGACAACUUAACCAAGUAUAGGGCUCAGAAAUUAUAUUUUUAAAUGUCUAAUAUGAUUAUUAUUGGAUGGAUCAGGUGGCCCUGUGUAAUAGAGGUGUGCAUGUAUAACAUGGAAGCUACUAGCAAACUGUUCCCAGAUGUCCUUUCUCCCUGGUCAGUUGGUUCUAUUAAUGUUUGCUACUUAGUGACUUUUGUUUUUCCUGUUGAUAUUUCGAGCAAAACAAUCAUUGUUUUCAUUGAAUAUAUUUGGCCAUUUUUCAGAUGAAUAGAAUUAGCUUAUUUCUUCAACAUUCCAUCCUUUCCUGAUCAGGAAAUGAAACUGAUGAUUUUAUAAGGUAUUUUUCACCCCUCCAUGAAAUGAGGUGGAGGCCUUUAGCAUUUCAGAAGUGUGGGCCAUGUGUAGUUCAUGCCAUAAAAAGUAGUAUUUAAUUAAAAGUCAUUGCAGCCCAACAAAAUGGAGCCUGGCUGCACCCAGGGAUCCUUGCCACUGCUCUUCCCUUGCUGUCAGAUGAAUCCACUGAAGUCCAUCUUUGGUUUGAGCAGAGUAUUUGUGAAGAGCAACAACUGAAUGUGAUGGGACUGCUUAUGUAGAUUUUGCCAGCCAAAUGCCAAGGCAGUUGUAGGGCCUGUACAAAUAAAUGCAAAAUCAUUUCAAGUCAAUUGCCAUUAUUUGUAUUGAAGUAUCAGAUAGUAAAUACUGCAACUAGUAGCUCAAUGUGCUAUAGUUUUCACUCCAGUCAUCAUUUUCCUAUUCCACCCCCACUAAACACCACCCUAAAGUUGGAUUUUU